AAUGCGAUGGUGGUCUGCAAAUGCCGCAAGGCUACUAAGUUAUACUGCUUCGUCCACAAAGUUCCCGUCUGCGGAGAAUGUAUCUGCUUCCCCGAUCACCAAAUCUGCGUGAUUGGGACUUAUUCAGAAUGGGUUAUAGAUGGGGACUAUGAUUGGCCCCCUAAAUGCUGUCAAUGCCAAGCUGUUCUAGAAGAGGGGACUGUAUCUCAAACUACUAGACUCGGUUGCUUGCAUGUUAUCCACACAAAUUGCUUGGUCUCGCAUAUCAAGAGCUGUCCUCCGCAUACUGCCCCGUCUGGAUACAUCUGUCCCUCAUGUUCCACUUCGAUAUGGCCUCCCAAAAGCGUGAAAGAUUCAGGGUCUCGUCUUCAUUCCAAGUUGAAGGAAGCUAUCGUGCAGACUGGUAUGGAAAAGAAUCUCUUUGGAAAUCAUCCAAUUUCUUUGCCAGCGACAGAAUCUCGUAGUCCCCCACCUGCUUUUGCUUCAGAUUCUUUUAGGGAAAGUCUAAUAAACUCAGACUCAGUAGAAGGAUACUCACAUGCAACUGGAUCAGAGCCUUCUAAAAUUUCAGUGACUGAUAUUGUGGAGAUAGAUAGCCCUAAUUCUGCAGGAAAUUUCAUGAAAGGCUCAAGUCCUACUGGUCCUGUUGCUACCACAAGGAAGGGUUCACUCCAUGUUGACAGACAAAAUUCUGAAGUCUCAUAUUAUGCUGAUGGUGAAGAUGGGAAUCGUAAGAAGUAUACAAGAAGAGGUCCAUUCCGCUAUAAGUUUCUUAGAGCAUUACUUCCUUUCUGGUCUAGUGCUUUACCUACUCUUCCAACGACCACACCACCAAGAAAGGAUGCAUCCAAUACAAUCGAAUCCUCAGAAGGUCGCACGCGACAUCAAAGAUCAUCAAGGAUGGACCCAAGGAAAAUUCUUCUCCUGAUUGCAAUAAUGGCAUGCAUGGCAACUAUGGGUAUAUUGUAUUACAGACUAGUUCAACGGGGUCCAGGUGAAGAGCUUCUUAAUGAUGAGUAAAGGCAAGGUGCGGUGCUCUGAAAGGAGAAGAUGUUCCGUGGCUCUCAUUUUCUAUAUUUCGGUUAACCUGGUGCUUCAGCUGCUAAUCUUCUUGGCUCCUAUAUUCGAACCAGUUGCUGUUUUUGGUAAACAUUCAAGUGGCUGGUAGAUAUUUUUCAUUUGAAUGCAUAUGACAGUGAUAUGUUACAUAAAAUCCUUGUUAGCUAUCUUUGUUCUUUGCCCCCAAUUUUGGUGC